AUGGCUUUGGCACCAAAAUUCGCUGGACAAAUCUUCGCCGAAAGCAGACAGCCAAAGGCUGUGCACAGUCUUGAGCUGUACCUCGACUACGUCUGCCCGUUCUCCAAGAAGCAGUUCACGACCGUGUACCAGAGCGUCCUCCCUCUCGUUCGCAACAAGUAUGCUGGAAAGCUUCAAGUCGUUUUCCGACAACAGAUCCAGCCAUGGCAUCCGUCAAGUACUUUGACUCACGAGGCUGGUAUUGCCGUCCUGAAGCUCGCGCCCAACAAAUUCUGGGAGUUCUCCAACGCGCUGUUUGAGAAACAAACCGAGUUCUUCGACGUCAACGUCGUGAACGAGGCUCGGAAUGAUACCUACAAGAGACUAGGGAAGAUUGCUGCAGGUGUCGGCAUUGAUGAAAAUAAGUUUUAUGAGCUCUUGGAGAUCUCGGACCAGCCAGGGGAGGGUGGUGCACUCAAUAUUGGUAAUGGCGUGACGAACGACCUUAAGCUUUUGGUCAAGUACAACCGACUGGUAGGCAUUCAUGUUACUCCUACUGUUCUCUUCAAUGGUGCCGUAGAAGGAAGCAUUUCGAGUGGGUUUUCGAAGGAGGACUGGGAGCAGUGGCUUGCAAAGAAUGUCGUCUGA